UUUUUUUACCAGACCACCAUUUUUUUAUUCCUCUCCCCUUCUUCUACAUGUGUCCUUUCUUCAUGCCUCAAAAUAUGUUCCUUCCACAUAGCCUCUCAUCCUUUUUUCCCCUCUUACUAUCUACCAUUCUUUCAUCUCUUCCUCCCUCUCGUUCGGUCUCAUCCGGGGAAAGGUGUGUAAGCAUACGAGCGCGCGCACGUGAUGGAAGAGGUGUGUGACGGCCGCGCGCGGCCGUGAUAGAAGGAGAGAGGGGGCGUGUGCGCGCCGGUGGGCGGGGCCGUCCGCGCGUCACUCAGCGGCGUUACGGCAGCACGUGCUGCGGUCAUGGUCGCGCGUAGGAGCGGCGUGGAAGGAGGAGAGGCGACGCUGUUCCAUCCUGACGCUGAGAAAGAAAGAGAGAGGGAAUGACGGAGUGAGAGAGACAGAGGGAGACAGAGUGAGAGAGUGAGUGAGAGAGAGAGAGAGAGAGAAGCAAGCAGGAAGGCAGGCAGACGAGGUGCACGAGAAGCGGCUCCUGCAACCCAAGCGCGCUUGAAUAAUGCACGCGGCGUUGAAGGCGAGCUGAACGCUGCAGUUUGCGGGUCUGUAAUCUGUCGCUCCUGCGCCCUGACACGGAGGAGAACAUGUCACACUACCGCUUCAUCAAAUGCUGUUGUUUUCAGCUAUGUAACGCCUUCAGGCAGAACAUGGAGAUUGACCAGUGCCUGCUGGAGUCAUUACCUCUGGGGCAGAGGCAGAGGCUGGUGCGCCGGAUGCGUUGUGACCAGCUGCGUGCAUACUACGAGCGUGAGCGGAUCCUGCAGAAACAGAGUACACACAAGCCCCUCGGCAGCCAGCGCAAGAAACGCUCAAUCAGCUUCUCCCUCUCCGAUAUCCUCCAGGACGCCAUCAUACGCCAUGAUGAUAAAGAGGUGCUGAAGCUUCUGAAGGAGGGAGCUGACCUGAACACACUUCUCUCUUCAGGAGGUUCACUGCUCCAUCUGUGCGCUCGCCAUGACAAUGUGUUUGCAGCAGAGAUUCUGAUAGAACGAGGCCUAAAUGUCAAUCUGCAGGAUGAGGCCCUCUGGACUGCGCUGCAUGUGGCCUGUGCCUGCAACCACACUGAUAUGACUCUGCUGCUGCUUUUGUCUGGGGUCAAUGCGCUUUUGCAGGACGUAGAUGGGAAUAUACCACUCGACUACACCACGGAGGGGAGUGAGACCAGCUACAUUCUCACCAAGCAUCUGGAAGAGUGCGGAGUGGAUGUGAGCUCCGUACACCAGAUGAAGUCUCAGAGGGCCUCCGCCAUGCUGUCAGACGUGCGACAGCUGGUCAACAGUGGUGCCAGUGUCAACCAGAGAAACGAGGAUGGAGUCACACUGCUCCAUAUAGCUUGUGCCAGUGGUUAUAGGGACGUGGUGUCUCUGCUCCUACAGAGCGGAGCAGAUGUAGUGGCCACAGACAACAGCUAUUGGACUCCACUCCAUCUUGCUGCCAAAUACAGCCAGAUGCAUAUUGUAAACAAGCUGCUGCUGCACAAAGCCGACCCCACUCUACUCAACUACAAUCAAGAUAAGCCUUCAGAUAUCGCUGCAUUGGACCAAAUAGCAGACAUUUUGCUGAAGGCAGAGGAAUUUUGGGUGCAGAGACCGAAAGACCUCACGUUGUUACCUUCUUUUUUAGGAGAAAACUGUGAAGAUGUCAACGAGGAUAUCAGCAUGCUGGUUAAAAAACUAACACCAAUGGCAUUGCCUAUUUCGAAGAGGGACAGUCUGUUGGAGAAGGACAUAAUGUUUCGGGACUCUGGAGGAGCCCUGACUCAUCAGUCGUCCCAGGACAAUGGGGCGGAUGGGCCCUUUCCCAGUGCUACUAAUAAACUGGAACAGGUGAAGUUGAUGCCUCCAGCACCAAAUGAUGACCUGGCCUCUUUGAGUGAGCUAACAGACAGCAGCCUUCUGUACGAGAUGCAGAAACGCUUCGGCAACAACCAGAUCUAUACUUACAUUGGCCACAUUCUCCUUCUCAUAAACCCCAACAAAGACCUGCCUAUCUACUCUAAUCUUGUCAGUCAGCUGUAUCUAAGCUCCAGUGGUCGCCUCUGUUCCUCUCUCCCUCCUCACAUCUUCUCUUCAGCCGAACGAGCAUUUCACAUGAUGCUGCAGGAACGACGCCCUCAAUGUUUCAUCUUAAGUGGUGAGAGUGGUUCUGGGAAAUCCGAGACCUGUAAGCACAUCCUAAAGCACCUCGCCGCUCGUUCCUGUCCGAAAGGAUUCGCUCUGGAACAACGCAUGAAGCAUGUCAACGCUGUCCUAGAAGCUUUUGGCCAUGCUAAGACACCUAUGAACACUAACUCGAGUCGCUUCAUCAAGCUACUGUCUCUGCAGUACAGUGAGAAAAGAAGGACACUGCUCAGAGCACGUUUGCACACCUACAUGCUGGAGAAGUCUUGGUUUUUCCACACACACCAGCAGCAGCGGAAUUUCAACAUCUUCUAUCUGAUGGCUGAGGCACUUUCAGCUGAGGAGAAGAGCAGCCUGAACCUAGACAAUAUUAUAGCACACAGAUACCGGAGCACAGAGACAGCUGUUGAAGCCUCUGCGGUGAACAUAGAGCGGAGCAGAGAGAAGCUGGAAGAGCUGAAACAUGCCCUGCGUGCCCUUGGGUUUAACAAAUCGGAAGUGGAAAAUCUGUUUGUUGUUCUCUCGGCUUUGCUCCACUUGGGGGAGCUGCGUUUCACAGCCCUGACUGAUGCUGACACAGCUCUAGUGUCUGACCUGCAGCUGUUAGACCGAGUGGCAGGAAUGCUGCAGGUGAACCAGGAGGAUCUGUGUGCCGCACUCACUUCUGACGUUCAGUAUUUCAAAGGCGAUGUCAUCACACGGCGCCACACGGUGGAAAUGUCCGACCAAUACAGAGACCUCUUGACUAAAGCUGUGUACGGACGCCUCUUCAGCAUUUUAGUCAACAGCAUUAACUCUUAUCUCCAAGGUCAAGACGAGAGCCUUGGAGAUCCUUCCCUUGAGAUCAGCAUCCUGGACAUUUUUGGAUUUGAGAAAUUUCAAAAGAAUACCUUUGAGCAGUUGUGCAUAAACAUGGUAAAUGAGCGGAUUCAGCAGUACACCAUCGAGCUGCUCUUCCAGCAAGAACAGCAGGAAUGUCUGCAAGAAGGGGUCGCCAUGGAGACCGUAUGCUCCCCCGCCUGUCAACCUGCACUUGUAGACUUCUUCUACCAGAAACCUCAGGGCAUGCUCUGUAUUCUGGAUGAAGAGAGUCAAUCGCUGAGGCCAUCCGAACUCAACCUGUAUAAAAGACUCCAGGCCCAGCUGGACUCCACUGCUACUGAUGCCGUUUUACUUACUACCAAGGAUGGAAACGGCAACCCCCCACCGAAAGAUCAGGGUCCGUCCUUUACCGUUACACACUACGCCGGAAAGAUGAACUAUGACCUCACAGGAUCACUGGAGAGGAAUAGGGAUGCUCUGCCCCAAAACAUCCUGUUUGUACUCAAAUCCAGUGAGAACGUGCUCGUCCAUCAAAUGUUCCAGUGUAAGCUGACUCGGACAGGCUCCCUGGUGCCUCCAAACCAGAGGCUGCAGCUCCGCAGGUCCAAAGGCGCUUUGGUUCUGCACAUGCCGAGCGCAGCCAGUACUCCCGGAGACGCACAGAAAUAUCUGGAGCUCAAAAAGCUCAUGAAGAAGAAAGGGGCCACAUCAUUUAUGCAGAGGCUGGAGCGUUGUGGCCCAGUCACUGUGGCAGUGCAACUGAGGAACUCUCUAUCGGAGAUCAGCAGUAAGCUCCAGUCGUGCACUCCUCAUUUCGUGCAUUGCGUGAGGCCCAACAGCUCAGGCCAGGCCGACGCCUUUGACAGCUCCCUGGUGUCCAGUCAACUGCAGUACGUUGGAGUUCUGGAGAUGGUGCGCAUGAUCCGCUACGGCUACCCAGUGCGCAUGCCUUUCACUGGCUUCCUCACCAGAUAUAGAGAGUUAGUGGACACCACAAUGAUGCACAGACGGACGAUAUCCACUGAGGAACAAUGCCGCCAUGUUCUGCAGCACUGCAAGCUUCAGGGCUGGCAGUUGGGAAGCAGCAAAGUGUUCCUGAGGUACUGGCAGGCUGACCACCUGAAUGACCGCUGCCAUCAGCUCCACAAGAAGAUCGUUACCUGCCAAAAAGUGGCACGUGGUUGGCUGGUGAGGCACCGUGUUCGGGGAAAGCUCAACUAUCAGCAAAGAGAGCAGUGCAAUGUGCAGAUGUUUCUGCAGGGGGCAGAAGAUUUGGGCUUGCGUAUUUAUGAUAGCCUGGUCAUCCAGAACGCAGCUGAUAUUGCACGAGAAAAUGAUCGUCUGAGAGGCCAUGUCAUCACUUCACCACUGGGAGAGAGACCUGAACCUGUGGGAACAGAGGACGACUCACCCAGGAGGCCAGCGGAGAAAAGCGGGAGGGCAUGCGAUUCUGUAGGCCGUGCAGGGAACCGUCCUAUCAGACACUUCCGUUCCAGUUCUGUGCCUAUCCCUCUUGUAAUAGACAACUUGGUACAUUCCAACAUUGGGCCAUCAAUCAAGCCGGCCUUUCAGUCUGUAACUCACAGCAGUGAAGAGGGGGGUAGUGGAGGACUUUCGUCACCAAGGAAACAGCCUCCUCCCAAACCAAAGAGGGACCCGAACACACGUCUGAGUGCAUCCUAUGAGGCAGUGAGUGCUGGCCUGAGCAUUGCUCCUAAGGACAGUCCUGCUGAGAGCCAAGUCUCACCCUCAGGAAGCCCCCCGAAAACCCAGCUAUCCCCAAAUGACCCUCUCUCUAAACCACGUCCUCACAGCGACGACUACAGCACCAUGAAAAAGAUUCCUCCUCCUAAGCCCAAACGCAGCCCCAACACCAAGCUUACAGGCUCCUACGAGGAGAUCUCUUCUGCCCCAGCUCCUGUGCGCCCAACAGACAUGAAGUUGGCAUGUUUGGCACGCAGUGGACACUUUAUGGGCCUUGUUCAACGGGCAGCCUCUGAUGACGGACCGCAUUUGGCCACAUUGAGCGUACAGUCAGGCCGAGACGAUGAGGAUGUCUACAUCGAGAUGGUGAGCACCUGCAGGGCUAUGAGCAUGGCUAACUCUCACAGUCCAGAGCAGAAUGAAGCUGUUUAUGAGGAAAUGAAGUACUACCCACACGAUGAGGGUGGAACUGUUCCCCAGGUCGCCAAGCCUGAAGUGAGUGAUUCCGCCCCCUUUGGCUGUAGUAUUGCAAAGCUGUCACUCAAUCUGGACAUCAAGAGACCCGUAGCCCUCAUAGAUCAUCCGAACAUUCUGAUAGGACGUCAGCAAAGCUGGGAUGGUGACAAGAGGAGUGAAAAAAGAAAAAAUGAUGGGACAUGUGACAUUCCAGCUCCUUUCCCAAACCUGCUUCCACACAGACCCCCUUUGCUGGUCUUUCCUCCAUCUCCAGUGACAUGCUCUCCAGCCUCGGAUGAGUCGCCCCUGACUCCUCUUGAGGUAAAGAAGCUACCAGUGUUUGAGACCAACCUCAACUACUCCAGUCAAGAUGGCGGCAGCCCGCUUUCACCCCAGUAUAGUCGCCAGAGAGCUGACUCUUCCCCAAGCCUUUCUGUAUUAAUACCUGACAAAUCUACUCCACCACUCACUCCACCCCCACCUACAGCUCCUCCUCCACCAUACCGUCCACCAUCACACUUUCCGUUCCCCCCUGAAGCGAAUUUUCUGGUCCUGAGCCGGGCCAGUGUCGAAUCCAAAAUCACUCCUAAAGGAGGGCACAGUUUAGCAGAGACACCCCCAGGCAGUGCCAAGCCUCCCUUCUCACCAGUGAAGUCUUCUCGGCCAGAGCCACGGCGAGCACACUCAUGUUCAUCCUCUCCGUUGCUGUUCAAUCCAGCUAAUGGGAGGUCCCUCACAAGCCCCCUUGAUGAGCUAAAUACACUUUUCAGUUCAGGACGCAGCCUGCUUCGCAAGUCCACAACCGGGAGGAAGAUUAGAGAUAGUGGUUUUUCUAACUCCAACAUGAACCUUCCAGGGAGAGAGGAGCAAGGUCCUACCAGUUCAUCCCCGCAGCUACAGGACAAAAAUGCCAAUCACCGCACAUCCUCGCCUAACUCUCCAAUUCCCCCCCCUAUGGAGAAUGGCAACCAGAUCUCCAAUGGAAUGUUAGAGGAUGAUGGACAUCACAAGUCAAUUGCAUCCAGUGCCUCUACGCUACACAGACAUAUGGACAGCCACCACACGCAGGUUAUCCGGCGAUUCUGUGUGUGGGGGGAUCAGGGGUCUACGUUUCAGGAUUUGUUGAGAUGGAGGAGGAGUGUGUGUGAUGCUCGGACAGAGUGGCAGAAUGCCUGGCUCCAGACUCAUGGCUCCCCUACCUUACUGAUAAAGCACAAGAGUAAUACGACCAAGAAAACAUCACCUUAAAAAAAGUGGUUCUUUUGCUGACCAUGCAUCCUUGAGGAAGGACCCACUUGCUACUUUCCUUUUUCUCUCUUUUUGUCUCUCUCUAAUUACUCAUGAUUUGGAUAAAUGAGACAUAGUGACAUAGGAGAAGCUCAUAUUUGUCUCUCAGGCCAGGCACCAAAUAAUAUGGAACCCAAAGGACAUACUGCCAUGUCACAUGUAUUGGUGACCCUUCUGUCUACUACAAAAGUCUACAUCUGUCAGAUUUGAAUGCUGCUCUGUUUGGAAGACUUUAUUUGGGCCUCAGAGAUCGCGGUCGUAUCUGUAACCCAUCUUCACCGCGCUGCAGUUUGUAUACCGUAUUUCAGUGUUGCUACUUCAGAUCAAACUGGUGCUGGUUGUUCCUGUGAUUCUGCUGCCUCAGUUUGAUAAAAAGCUGGUACCGGUAGACCUGAUUAGGGACAGAAUGGGAUAAAGGAACUGGGCUGCAGACAUUUCUACAGUUUACAUAACGAGUCUCUUUGUGCCGACCUCCUUUGUGAACUGUGUCUUUACUUCAGGUUCAGCGACGCAGCUAUGUCUCACAGUUUUUCAGGUGCUUCUGAGACCCACCUACUGAGGUCACGGGCAUUAAAAGCGUGGUUUUUGAACUCUUUCGGGUUCACAUAGAAAUCUCAGUGAUAUCCCAGGGUGCACUUUCGUCUGACACAAGCAUCAAUUUCAGAUGCAAAGCACACGUUUAAGUGAAUGAGUCGAAUGUUGCACACUCAGUGCCAACACAGACAGCACACAGAGUAAAGCAAAGAUACUGAAAUGUAAAAAUAUAAAACACCGAAAACUCCUGUAUUUUCUGACCGAAACUGAAGAAAUGAAACUGAUGAGAGUUAGUAAGGAAAUGUACAUGUAGAAAAACAGGCUAGGUAAAACCUUUGGACAGGAAGUCAUGUUGACCACAUUAGAGCAUAAAGAGUGCAGUGUAUAAGUAUCUGGACAGGGUGUGUGUGUGUGUGUGUGUGUGUGUGUGUGUGUGUGUGUGUGUGUGUGUGUGUGUGUGUGUGUGUGUGUGUGUGUACUUCAGCAAGGCAAAUAGGACUUUUUCUGUCAAUUAUCUGAAGCAUAUAGACAUCACUGCUGACUGCCAGCAGAACAGAAUGCAAAACAACAAAAACUGCCGUCGUGCAGUUACUUAAACUUCACUGUAUUUUCUCUGGUCUCAUUUGAGGCCUCGAGCUGCCGUUCCUUUUUAAUUAAUAUGAGUAAAUACCAUCUCAAACAGAUGAAAAACAAGUGUUCGAUUUGUAAUUUAUACAUAUGUCUAAUGUGUAAUGAUACUUUGCUUUCUGUGUUAUCUGUCUAGCGCUCCACCUGGACUGGAGGUGUCCAGUAUAAAUAAAUGCAGUUGUAAUGAACAGAAUUAAAGAUGUUCCACUGUUCUGAAGUGGAAUCUUUAGAAUACAAUGGCAUGACAAUGUCAUGUCUGCAGUGACACUCGAAUAGUUUAUCUAAUCAGUAAAUACUCUUCAUCUUUGUAACGCUGCAGUCAGUUUAUUGUUUUUGCUCUGCUUUUUUUUCCAUCAUGCCAUCUGUUAGAAGAGAUGUGUUCAUUAUAUAUAGAAGUGUUAUUUCAUAUGGGUCACACUAACAUGAUUGAAAAAGAACCCCUAAACUCUAUUUCAUCCAACAACUGGCUUGUCCAAUUGAAUGUACAAAAAUUAAGAAUGUUAAAAUGAGCACACUCUCCUACUACCUGUGAAAACAAAAUUAAAUAAAAAUGAUAGUUUAAUAUAUAUAUAAAUAAUGGAUUUCCUGGACACAGAUUGUUCCUACAGUGGUUGUAGACUACAAAAGCACUUUCAGUGCACACCACAACUGAUAUUAACAUUUAUUACAAGACUAGUCUUAAUCAAGGAUUCUGCCACUUAGUGUCUACAUGAUAGAUAUUAUUUGGUGACUGUAAAUGUAUUUAUUAAAAAAGUACUUUGUAAAUGAAAACAUUUAUGAUCUAAGAACAAUAUUUAAUGUUACAAGCAUACUAUCCGGUGUUAUAUCCAGGCAUUGUAUCUACUGAGGGAUUUAAUGAGAAAUACAUAACUGUCAAAUCCUUCUGAUUCACAUUGACCCCUGAUCUUGUAGCCACCUUUUAAAUCUAAACACUGUAGUUGGUAAAUGUUGUCCAUGACAAAGUUUUUGUUUAAACUAAUAAAUUGAUUUCAAGGCUGUGCAUAUUGAUCAAACUGAAGACCGAUGGCUUCUGAUCUGUGCCCAGUGUUUUUGGUAUUUGAAGUAAAACCAGGGUUUCCCCAAAGGCAAUCAUAGAAGAAACAUCAUUGCUUGAUGCUGGUGUGUCACUUUGAACAGUAGUACAGUACUUUUGGGAGCUUGAAUACAGACCAUUCAUGAUAAUCAGCUAAUUAUUUGUUAUGAUGUUUGCGAGCAGAAUUACUUUUUGAUUUGCUUCUGCUAUACAGGGUUAGUGUGGAUGACAUUUUAAGUUUAUUUAUCCUAAAUGAUUUCUUCUCAUUAUGCCUGUCAUUCACAUUACAAAAAUAUUUUACUGAAAACUAUUGUACAAUAGGAGCCCUUUUUUUUACCUAAAAAAUAGUAAAAAAAAAAAAAAAAGAAUAAUAAUACAAAUAAUAAAAUUUAAACAAUACCUUAGAGCAUGAAUAGCACACUACACUGAUUACACUAUACACUAUACUUUUUGUUUAGUGUGCUGGAGUGUGAUCAUUCAGACAUAUCAUUCUCCGUCUCAUCUGGUGCUGUGGAACUUUCCGGACUCCUGUGUGGACAUUGUGUACUAUCCAUGAAAUGUGAACCUCCCUUCUCCAAUUCAACACCAAAAACAUCCCUUUUUUUUAUGAUUCACUGCUGCAAUGUGUAAUUUUAAGGAGUUACGUUGCGACGGGGACAGUUAUAAACUCUUCCGUUCCCAGUCAUUCCCAGUCUCAGAGACAGCUUUAUUUCCUGUGCUUGCUCGAUCACACCGGACUCGUUAUUGUACAUUUCUGCAUCAACGUGGAUGUUGCUGCAUUUUGACGUCACUGUUCCCUGUUUUUCCUUUAUGUUCUUUUUUUUGUGCAUUAUAAAAUAUAUGAAUCUAACUGUUGCUUAAAUUCAUGCGUGUCUGUGGGAAACAUAUUUUGUUUUAAUUGUUUUAUAAAAAUUCCUGUACAGCAAUAAAGCACAGUAGUGCCAAUA